CGCCAUCGCCAGUGUUACCUUUGACGGUCGACCGUGUGGUUGCUCGAUGUCAGUGACGUCGGUGUCGGCGCUCGCGCUACACGUCUAUGAUGUUUCGGUAAAUACAAAGUCGGACUCGUGAGUGAACGAUAAUAAUAAAUUUAUUAUCAAAUGUUGGAACACAGUGACAGGUGCAAAUAUUAUACAUUGGAUUUGGAGAUUUUAUGAACUGUGCUAAGUGACGUUUUGAAUUUUUCAACGUAAAUAAAGUGCAGUGGCCCACCAAAAAAGGAUUGCAAAGUGCAAAAAUUGGAUUUUGAAGAUCAUUUGUGGAUUGUAUUAAUAAAUUAUCUGUGCAAUCAUUGCUUUGGAUUGUGUGGAAUAAAGUGACAAAAAGACUAAAAAAUUUAAGGGGGUGCGCUUGAAGCGACAGGACGGCAAACUCUGCUAAUACGGCUGGGUACGCGGGGAACAACAUAAGUUACGCGGGAGCACACGCUCCCGACACGGCCAAACACAACCCCCUGCAAGGGACCAUAGGAUACAGAGUCAACGCGCAUAACGGGUAUGGGUGGUACGGCGGGGCGGGCGCGAUGAGCGGCGGCGGCGAGAGCGCGCAGUUCGGCGCCAGCGCCAGCGCCGCCACCGCCGCGAUGGUCGCCGCCGCCUCCACGGCCGCGAUGCAGGACUCGCAGCCAUUCUCGCAGAUGCAAAACAACAUGACGAUGGGAAAUCCCCAGUAUGGUGCGAUGAACGGUUACGGUCAGCAGCGCACUCAUAACCCAGCCAUGACGGGCAUGAGCAUGGGCGGGAACGGCGGCAUGAACGGUAUGAACGGCAUGAAUGGCAUGACCGGCAUGGGACAGAUGGGCAACGCCGCCAUGAACGGAAUGAACCCUAUGGCGCACAUGGCCAAUAUGGGCAUGCACGCCAACAUGAUGAGCUCGCAGAUGGGCCCCGGGCAAAUGGCAAGCACGGGCAAGAUGACCACGAGCUACCAAAGGCGACACACGCCUUACCCUUCGGGUACGAUGCUAAUGGGGCAGCGGAAGCCUCAAUACAUGGGCGGUCAGCCGGGUUUCGGCCCGCAGUAUCCCGCCGGGUAUGGCGGCCGGCCAGGAUUCCAAUCUCAAUACCCACCGCAGCAACCUCUGGGACCAACUAGUAACUUCGGCGCUGCCAUGAGAGGGAGUAUGAGACAGUCGACGCCCCCUUAUUCGAACCAAGGCCAGUACUUCAAUGGAGGCGUACCCAACCAGUUUCCGCAGCAUCAGGCCAGCAACGCGCAGUACGGCGGGCAGUACACGGGUCAGUUCGCGCAGGAGGUGGCAAUGCGGACGAGCAUGUCCUACCAGCACAGCCCAGUGCCGGGCAAUCCCACGCCGCCGCUUACGCCGGCGAGCAGUAUGCCGCCUUACAUCAGCCCCAAUGCUGAUGUCAAACCCCACUUUAACGAGCUCAAACCAUCGAUGGGCAUGCAAAAUGACGAGCUCCGAUUAACAUUCCCUGUAAGAGAUGGUAUUAUUCUACCACCAUUUAGAUUAGAGCAUAAUUUAGCAGUUAGCAACCAUGUAUUCCAAUUAAAACCUACUGUCCACUCAACAUUAAUUUGGAGAUCGGACCUCGAGUUACAACUGAAAUGCUUCCACCAUGAGGACCGGCAGAUGAACACGAACUGGCCAGCAAGCGUGCAAGUGUCAGUGAACGCGACGCCGCUCGUCAUAGACCGGGGCGAGAACAAAACCUCGCACAAACCUUUGUACCUGAAAGAAGUGUGCCAGCCCGGCAGGAACACGAUACAGAUCACCGUCUCCGCGUGUUGUUGCUCUCACCUAUUCGUACUUCAAUUAGUCCAUCGACCGAGUGUCCGCAGCGUAUUACAAGGCUUGCUACGAAAACGAUUGCUAACAGCUGACCACUGCAUUGCCAAGAUCAAGAUGAACUUCAACCAGACACCGGUCAACAACAAUAGUUCCAACACGGGCAACGAUAGGGACAGCGUGGAGCAAACGGCACUAAAAGUAUCGCUAAAAUGUCCAAUCACCUUCAAAAAGAUCACGCUACCGGCGCGCGGACAUGAAUGCAAACACAUACAAUGCUUCGAUUUGGAGUCAUAUUUACAACUCAAUUGUGAACGGGGGUCAUGGAGGUGUCCGGUGUGCAAUAAACCGGCGCAAUUAGAAGGAUUAGAAGUGGACCAGUACAUGUGGGGUAUUCUCAACACACUAAACGGCUCAGAUGUAGACGAAGUGACCAUAGACAAUGGAGCUAAUUGGAAAGCAGCUAAGAGUCUCACCAACUCUGGCAUUAAGCAAGAAGAUGAUAGUAAUGAUAACAGCGUUGGGAAACGUGGCAAAGCCAUGUCUCCCGGCUCUAUGAACAUGCCCACAAUGAACAACUGGGACAUGAACGCACUAUCGCCAUACCUACCACCAGACAUGAACACAAUCGCAAGCGGUUCAAUGAUAUCCUCCUACAAUCAAAGCGGUCAGAGCAGAAAUUCCAGUGGAAGCAAUAGUCAGAACUAUGACUUCGGCAUGAACAAUGGACCUGGCAGUAAUGAAUUUGCUGGCAAUGGACCGCUGUCACAUUUGAACGACAGCGUCAAUUCAUUAGACCCACUCAAUGCUAUGGAGAAGAGUCUAAAUGAACAGAUGCCGCAUACCCCACAUACGCCGCACACGCCGGGUUCGGCGCACACGCCCGGCUCCAGCCACACGCCCGGCCCGCCCUCAGUCGGGCACCCGCUCAGCGAGGUCGACAUACCCGCAGACCUCAACUUUGACCCCGCGGCAGUCAUCGAUGGCGAGGGCACCGACAACUUGAACUUACUUCCUGAAACGAACGUGGACCCAAUGGAGCUGCUGUCGUACCUGGACGCGCCUGCGCUGGGCGAGCUGCUGGCCACGCCGCCCUCAUCCUCCUCCUCGGCCGGCAGCCACCCCCCGCGCGCGCCUUCAUCCGACGAUUUACUGGCACUGUUCGAGUGAGCCUUAACCCUCCUCGCGGAGGUCCAGCCUGAAUGACCCUAAAAGUCAUAGUCACCUAGAAUUAUCUUUUGAUCUCGUUAAUGAUAUUUCUAAGUGGAACUCUCAGUUCGAUCCGCGAGUUAUUUAACGACUUGGACGUUGUGUUACGUUAAGGUUCCCGGUGUUCGUUCGUUUGUGCACGUAGUGCGUCGAUGCAACUGUUCGAGCGAUGAAGCCCGAUAUUGUGAUACUAGAUUUUAGUUCCUCUUCCGUUCGCGGGGGCGCGGACGGGGCACCGCCUGUCGCAGCGACGGUGCCGGAGUACAUUUAUAGUUACGUAUAGAUAAAGUAUUGAGACGAGCGCCGCGCCGGCCAUACCGCGGCGUUGUGCAUGUAUAGUUCCUCGCACCGCCGUCACGGUGGCGCCACUCAAGCUCCCUAUAUUCUAAACUCUAGCAUAAAGUGUAACAAAAAUUUACAAUAAAUAUUAAUUCAACUUGUCUUUCGAUUCAAUGUAAUACUUUUUAUCGAUUAGAAUUGUUUCGGUGUCGUCGGUGGACGAGCAGCCGAGCCGGUUGUAAAUAGAGAGUUUUAUUUGUGCUAGUUGUUUGGUAGCGGUAGGGCGCGUGGCCGCGGCUGUACAUAUAGUGUGCCGCGGCCGCGCGCGCGGGCAUUGUGAAUCUUAUAGUUCCUAUUUGAUGCGAGCGGACUAUAACGUUCAAUUGCCGUUCAUUGUAAUAUAUUCCUUGACGUUAUCACAUAUUCUGCAUUUUUAAUUAAGUAAUGUACGAUAAGAUCGGUGAGUAUUGCUGUACUCGCUUACUGGGUGAUAUAUUCUAAACGUGUUGUUUCAAAUCGACAAAAUAAAGCGUUAACAAAUUAGUUACGCAACUAUAUUGUAAAUGUGAGUGCAAAAAUGAACUCUGUUAAAUUAUUUUGCGUUAUUGUGAAUCGAAGAAUGAUAGAAAUAUAUUUUAAUUUCUAUAUAAAGAUAAAUGAACUGUAUUAUUUGUAAAUAUUGAUUAGUUAAGAAUAUUAUAUGACGUAGUUAUAUUUAGGAGAACAUGGCGGAUACUUAUAUGACGGCCAGUUUUAGUGUAGUAUUACUAAAUUAAAAUUCUACACAUGGUUUUACAUGUACAUACAAAUAUCAUAAUGCAAUAAAACAUGUGAUUCAGAGCGUAAAUGUGAUUGUUUCUCAAAUACAUUCGCUAUAGUAGAAGAGAAUUGUCUAAGAAAACAAUGCCACUAUGUUAGUCUACCUCCCGUUACUACUAACUCUUGUUAGACUAACGCCAUGACAUUUUCACCUUAAUUUCGAUUAGUUUGUGAAAUAAACAAGAUAAUGUAAUAACAAGCGACGAAUCAAGAAAGUUUAAAGUAAAAAACUUGUUAAAACAAAUAAUGUAGAUAAAAUGAAUCUUACCUUCGGUGAUGAAUUUUAACCUGAAUAGGUUAAACAUAGAAUUAUGGUGCUUCUAUUAACUAGUAAAUUCAACUGUAAGUAUUAAUAAAAAAAUCACAAUUUAACUAAACUUGAAAGUUAAAAACAACAUAAAAAGUUAUUCUUGAAGAACUAUGAAAUGUCACAUUUAUUUUUUUAAAUUUAAUGACCUGGUAACAUAGACCUUUAGGUCAUUGUCACAUUUACGCGCUGAAACAUAUGUAUACUAUCUCCAUUGUUCACAGAUUAAAAAUAUCUAAAAUCUAUGCUCAUCUUACAAGAAAACUUUUAUUUAUUUUUCUGCCGCCUUUUAUUUAAGUAAAAAUUGACAAGCAAUAAUAUUUAUGUAUCUUAUAAUAAUGAUCUAAGUUAUAACCAUACAAUUUAUUUUAAUGAAACACUUUUUUUUAAUAUUCAUUUUAUAAUUACGAUGAGCAUUGAAACUUGGAAAACUUGUUUCACAUAUUUUCAAAUGUUUGGUUCCAUUUGAUGUCUUACCGCGUUACGGGGAUUUUGCAGAAAAAAAAACAAAUUUUGUUGUAUUAUUGAAAUUAGUAAGGUGCAAAACAUUAUCGAUAAUCGUGGAAAUUUCUAAAUGGAAUUAAGUUCCCGUUAAAAUUGUCAAUCACAGAGCCAUUGUUCAUUUUAGAUAUUGUAAAAUUUACAGUGAUAAAUUACUGAUAAAAAGUUUAAAAGCAGUUUAUAAUUACUUAAGAGUUUAUAUGUAAACUGUCAAAUCUUUUCAAUAUUUAUGUAAGAAUUGGUGAAUUUGCGCAUUUUUCUUCAUGCUAUGAAUAUGGACGCCUCUUUAGAGUUAGUCGACUAUUAUGAAACAAUAAAAUUAGUGUUAUAAAAAGCCGUGGUCAACUGUACAAGCGAAUUGGAAAGUUUACUGAAUGAGAUGCGUCGAUUAGACGCGCGUGCUGAGAGAAAGUAGCAUUGGUGGAUCACAGCUUUUUAUCUAAAAUUACAUACUUUUAAGGGACCUUCAAUUCCAGUUAGCUAGUUCUAUUUAUUGUAGUGAAUAUUGCUUUGGGUCGAUCAUUGUAACGAUUUUUGUAAGACCAAAUGAUAAUUUUUGUACAAUUUUACCUGAUUUAGGUAAACGAUGUAUUUUUGUUUACAUAAAAUGGAAAAUAUCAUAAAAAAUUUUAGCAUAUCAACAUUUAAUAGCAGAUAUACAAAAAUCAAAAGGAAUGAUCGAUCCAAGCGAGUAAAUUAUUACAAUAUAUUUUGUUGAAUAUUAUGAUGAACUGCUGUGGAGUAUUGUAGAUUUUUGCUCGUACGAAUGUAAGAUACAGCAUUUGGAAAUAAGUGAAAAAAGAAAUUCAAAAUAUGGCGAUAGCCAUACCGUGAUUUCGUGCAAAGCCAAACUGUACUGUAGUGUAAACUCUUCAAUUUAUUGUGAACAUUUUACUGAUCAGAUUCGUACCCACUGAAAUUCAUUUCGAAAUGUAUAAAAUGGAAAAAAACAUAACAUUUUUAUGUUAUUGAAAAUAAAAUGAACUUAAAAAUUA